AUGCCUCAAACUUGUGGAUGUAACAGUACUAGAAAGGAUGAAUCUUCUCAAGAAAAACCCAAAACCAAACGUGGUUGUGGAAUCUCAGCUCUGCGUCUAGAAUCUUUACAAGAAAUUAAUAGAAAUACGGACGAUCUUGAAAAUUUAUUGGCUCCUUCACGUCUAAGAUCUAGAAAUUCGGAUCUCUUAACUGAAGUUCCAAGAUCCAGGAAUUCAGAUAUAUCAACUCUUUCAACUCUUAUUGCAAGAACACAAAAAGAACUAAAAUGUCUCUUCUUGCGCGUUAGAAAUCCUCCAAAAUGUGCUCUUGAAGAGUUGAUUCAGAAACAAGUUUCUCAACGGGAUAGAAAGAUUGGUCAAUUCAUUCAAAGAAAAAAAACAAGUAUGCCUGAAACAAUUUUACCGCAAAAAGAAGAUAUUGAUUUUAUUGAUGAAAAAGAAAAUGACAGUGGUUGA